AUGUCUCCAAAUGGCCUCCCACUCCCAGCUAAAGCACUCGAAGCGAAUUCUCUGCCGGAUCUCUGUCGCAAGACAAUCACAGAGUUCUUGCACCGAACAGGCAUCCCGCUGCCUGAAUUUGACUCAUCGGCUUUCGGCGACGAGAUCGACAGGCUCGCACACGCCGAAGUCCAGACAUGGAAUCUCGGCGGCGUGUCCCCCAACCGCUUCGAACACUGCCUCACCACUGGGAUUGAUAUCGCGAAGACGGCGUACAGACACACUCCCGUCGAGACACAGGUCCAUAUUGCCUUGUGGACUGCGCUAUGCGUCUGCAUCGACGAUCUCGAUGCUGGCGUGGAAGGUUUCGACACUGGCGUAGACGCACUCGCCAAGUUCGCCGAACGAUUCCACGUCGGACGCGAGCAGCUUCACCCGUUGCUUGACUUGCUCGCGGAUAAUAUUCCCCGUGGGUAUCCGCUGUACAAGCGCGCUCGCAACGGGCUCGGCGAGGGAUACUCCUACUGCAUCUGGAAUAAGACACACUUCCCCGACGUGUCUAGUUAUAUUCAAUCGAUGCCUGAGGCGAUUGCGAUCUCCGUCCUUGUCAAUGAUCUGUGCUCCUUCUACAAGGAAGAACUUGUCGACGAAAAGAAUAACUCCAUUCAUGAUCGUGCUUGCGUCACUAGCAAGGAUAUCGAGGCGACCCUGAUGGCUACACUCGAAGGCGCCGUGGACGCCGUCAAUAGGGGUAGAGAAAUCUUACAAGGCGAGAAGGAGAGGCAAGCAUGGGAGAGCCAUGUGGUGGUAUAUGUGGUAUUUCACUUCAUGACUCCUCGCUACAGACUGGAGGAACAGUUCAGCACAUCCGGCUAGACUCGCACACCUCACUCUUUCCGUGAACGGAGUAUGUGAAUUGGAGCGUGCCGUGUUGUAUGCGUGUGAUUAUCUGAUGUCGAAUAUGCCGAUGAUGGUGCGAUAGAUCAUCCCGAGUUCUCUGGUAAAUACAAUAAAAU